UUCUGCUGCACAACUGAAGGCAUUUAAACUGUUUAUUUAAACUGUUUGAUCCUCCUUUCAUCUCAUUUAAAGGCGCCGCUGAUCUUUUCUCUUCAACUUUUAGUUGCAAAGCAUCUCAACUUCUCAGCUGCAGGAUUUAAAACCACAAGAGCUGCUUGCUCACAAGGAGAACACGAUGAAGACAUCAGCCAAAAGAAAGCGAACAAUAAACAAAACGGACAACAAGAGCGACUGUGACAAAGAAAAUGUCGGUCCAGAUGAAGUCUCCAGUCCACUUAAGAAAAAGCGAAGCAUCCAGCAUCAAACAGACUCCUCUGGGAAUCAGCGACACCGAUGGCUGCAGGUGUCCGCUGGACAAUCCUGGAACACAUCCAGUGAACCCGGUGUUAAGAAGACGGAGAGGAUGACGGAAGAAAAGGUCUUGAAACGAGACCUGAAUGCACAGCGGUCUGAUAAAAGCCCAGAGUCCAUUUCUCCACCCAGAAACAGGGUCGACAUGUAUUUUUCAACCAAAUAUAAAGCACAUUCUCCAACAAAUAAACCAGAACAGAACGACGUAGAGAGUGAAAGUGAAAAAAUUGGACUGAAGGCAGAUGAGCCGCCAGGCCAUUGUAAACUAGAAGCACCAAAUCCGAGUUAUAAAGAGUUUCUAAGUCUGAUGAAAGAAAUAGAGGUAUCUGUUUGCAAAAUUUCUGUGCAUGAUGUUUCCCAGGGAACAUGCUUUGUGGUGUGUGACAACAUCAUCUUGACAAACGCACAUCUGUUCAGAGAUUGUAUGGUUGAGGGAAAGUUGCUGGAUGGCAUAAAAGUUUCUCUUGCUUUUGAACUAGAAACUGUGAACCUGUCGUACACUGUGGAGAAAAUAUUUCUUGACAUUCAGAAAGAGCCGGAUUACGCCUUUUUAAAGCUCAUACCUGAAGACCCAACAGCAGAGAAAGUAAAGUUUCCACCAGGACUCCUUAAGAGACUCGGUCCGGUGCCGAAGAGCGGUAAAGUCUGGAUUAUUGGUUUCCCUGCAGGGAGAGAGAAAACCACCAGAUGCACAAUUAUUGUCGAGGAAGGAAGCAGGGAGGAUGCUGUAAAAGAUCAUUUAGCUCAAUACAACGGCUUGUGUUUCACCCAGAACUCAGUCAAACAGAUUAUCAUAGAUCAAGGCAUUGGUGACAUAAUGAAAAAUGGAAUAAUAGAAAAAGAGGUCGUAACCUACCGAUGUCCCAUGCGUAGUGGAACAUCUGGUUCUCCAGUUAUUGAUGAACACGGCCUCGUUAUUGGGCUGCACACUGGAGGGUAUGAUUAUGGGUUUCCACGGUUUAAAAUCGGUGUCAUUGAGUUUGCCUGGUCUUGCUCCACAAUAUUUAAAAUGUUUGUGAGCAAUCUAAGGGAAAGAGGAGAAAAGGAGCUGUUGGAAAGAAUUAGGCAGGAAGUAUUGGAUAAUGAUUACGCUACCAGGUUGCUGUUCGGUCCUGAGUCGGAGCAUGCCCCAUUGAUAAUGGUGAAGAAAGGUUUUGUUGUAUGAGAUCUCAGAUUAAACUUCACAAUAUUUCUUGUCGAGGUGAACAGUGGCCAGUUGCAGCCUUCAUGGCAUCGUCUAAAGAAGCUGGAAAGAAGCUGCUGCAACUUAAAUCUUUUAGUUUGGCAGCAUUUUGAGAUUUCCUGAUCAAUAGAUUGCAGCAGAGACACACAAACGAUAUGUAAAGACUAGAAGUUGCUUGGAUGCUGAAAGAGGCAGAAAGCUUUUCUUACAACUGAUGGAUAGAUCUCAAAGAUAGAUUUUAGACAAUCUAUAUCAUACUCCCAGUUCAAAAUCUCUUAUUUAAACCCAUCAGGCCACGCUUUGUA